GUCUCGGUGCUACCUGCUGCGAUGUCAUCUUUUAAAGGAAAUCAGGCUCAGAAACACAGGCUGUCUGUGUUUCCCAAGGGCCCGCUGGAGAUUCCAUCUCCAACGGAGGCAGACUGGCCUAAGGAUGACGAAAAGGAUUUUGUCUUCAAGGACUUGGAUCAAGAGCUGGAUUCCCUUCCUCAGCCCUACCGAAUGAUAAACAAACUGGUGAACCAUCUGUUUAACCGGUCAUGGGAAAUUAUUGAAGAGAGAGACGGCUUAAGGGAAGUUGAGAAGAACUGGAUCGUGCCCGCCAUCUACAAUCCAGUUGCCGAAAUCCGGCUCGACAAAAUGCCUGGUGGUAUGGCUGUUUCACAUGACUAUCUGUUUAUUGGAGGACCCAAAGGAUUCUCAAUCUAUAAUCUGCACAAUUGCAAAAGAGUAUAUGUUUUGGAGAAGUUUAAGGCUGAUGUUAUUUCCAUCUGGGCCACAGAUUUGGGGAAUGAUGUACUAAUUGUUCCUAUAGAUGAAAUGGGUAUUGUGAGAUUGUUUUACUUAUGUAAGGACAGUCUUUAUCUCAUCAAGGCCAUCAAUGAAGUGGAUGAUGCCAGCAAGCAAAGCACCUGUGUGAAGAUGGAAAUCUCUCAGAACGGGGACUACGCAGCUUUCCUCUUCCAAGGAGCCGGGGAUGUCUGGCUGGAAGUGUAUAAGUUGCCCAAGGAGAUUUGGAUAAAGGAAGUGGAGCACCCCCAAUUGACUCUAAAUCAAAAGAAAAAAGCCAAACAGCUGCAACUGAACACUCCUGACCCUGCUGUUACAGAAAGCAUAGAAACGAGCUCGGGUCCAAGUGUCAGCCCUAACUCAGUCCAGGACUUAAAUAUUUCUUUUAGAAGUGACUUUAAGUUGAGUCUUCCAGUUUUUGUAAUGAAGAUUAAACCCCCUAAGUCCAUAGCAGGUACCACAUUUAAAAGCCCCUUGGAAGUCUUUGCAAAGGUAGAGGACUAUGUGGGGCUAGGCUCUGGGCAGAAUCACUUUAUCAAGGAUGUGCAGUGGGAGCAACACAUGGAGAUCUUCUAUGCCUCCUACAAGAAGCACCUGGAAGGGGAGUGGGAAGAGGAGCCACUCAGUAUGGCCACCUUCCAUUUCUUCUAUACUAAGUCCUUAACAACCAUGCCAAUGGAUGUCAAGAGCUCUUCGGGGACAGCAUGCGUCCUUGGCAUACACUGGAACGGACAUCACAACUUCUUCCUCUAUUCCCUGAUGAACAAAGCUCAGAAGGAUAAAACCGAGUAUGAGAACGUGUGGCCCUGUGCUGCGCCCAUUGUAAUGUCUCAGAUCAGCAGUUUCUCCUCCUACCUGGCCCUUGUCUGUGAGGAUGGUGUGCUCAUUCUGUGGGACCUGGCUGAAGGAUUCCUCUUUGGGGUCCUUGCUCUGCCUGAGGGCUGUUUCUGCCAGAGCGUCCACUUCCUGCGGUUCUUCCUGGUGCACGACGGACAUAACGUGUACCCUGACUACCCAGUGAAAUGUGAAGUUAUGUGUGUAGUGCUGUGCACUGACGCUUCCCUCCAUUUGGUGACAGCCAGUGGGACCCAAGGACCCACCAGCAGGGUGCUUGUGGAAAGGCCUGGGAUGCACAUGGAAGAAGCUAUUUGUGCUGUGGCUCCAGUCCCAGCCUUGCCUGGCAUGGUGCUCAUCUUUUCCAGGAACCAUUCUGUAACCCUCAUGGAUGUGGCCAAGGCGGAGAUCCUCUGUGCCUUUUCGGCCACAGCAUGCUGCCAGCAGGCACUUCCCUGGAAGCCACUGUUUGCUGUAUCUCCACACCAUCCAUAUUUUCUGCUUCACGGAGCCCUUCCGCAUGGUCAGACCACGUCUGCUGAUGACCCCAAGAAUACCACAGAUUCUGUUUUCUAUUUUAACUUUGAGGACUACCUGCUCUUGAAAGAUAUCUCCAAAAAGUGCACCAUUUCUCCAAUGGCUGUGCACUUCUCCCAGAUGUUGCCAGUGGAGAAAAGAUGUGAGCAGAUCCUCCAGAGAAGCUUCCAGAUUGCAAAGACCCAGAUGAAAGGACGGGAGCAGUGGUCCAGGCUGCGGAAGUACUCCAACAUGCUCCAUAAAGAACUCUUAAAGAAGUGAGCGCCCUGGGAUGCCACAGUCCCUGCCCAGGACAC